UCUGAUUGGUUGCGGGUUUUUUCUUUACAAACGCGAGGAAGAGAGUUGUAAACGAAGCGCGUGCUUAAACAAAAUUGCAGGGGUGGAAGUAAAGCGUGCAUCUUUUCCAUCCUCUUCAGCACCGCGGCCUGGGUCAAACGCCUGGAUCCACUGCUCGUCGCUACCACCUUUCCGGGAGACCAGUGAGCUGAUGAUCCGCCUUCUCUCCAUCACUGCGUCUGUUCUCCACCAUUUUGUCGAAGUUUUCAGCCAUACCGUUAGCGCGUGAGUGUAGAGUAUAUAUAGAGAGAGAGCCCCGGCUCUGGAGGCUUUUGUUUUUGCUCAGUGAUAGAGCAGGUCAACGGCGCCCUCUUUUUUCUAUCAAGCUCGAUAGCCGCAGAGGAGGGCGCAGGCUUUCUCCGUUUCUAAUCUCAGAUUUUCAAAUUGGAUGUAUUAUAUUGCCUAUCCUGCGUGAUUCUGGACCGGGUGAGACGGGAGAAACUAGCAGUCGGUGGGAAAUAAAAGGAGCUAACCCUAGUUAGCCUUCUCCAUUGUUUUGAGUCCCGUCACCACCCGAGCCCGAAUCCCGCGCGCGCUCCUAAAUCCAUCACCAGAUAAGCUUUUUAUUAGUGUUUUUUUUUAUUGUUUUAUUAAUUCCGAUUUAAUAUAGAAAAAAAAGAUGUGUUCCCGUGUGUGGUUCGUAACCGACCGGCGUAUUAGCCAGGAAUAUCCGCAGAUUCAGAUCCUGCGGGCUCUGAAGGAGCGAUGCGCCGAGGACGACGUUGAAUUCCGCUAUCUCUUAAUGGAUGAGAUCGUUAUAACUAUCACGGACGGACAGCUGGGUCUGCGAGUGGGGCAGGAGGUGGUGACGUCGUACCCGCAGGUGGCUGUGGUUCGUGUUCCUACUCCGUGGGUGCAGUCGGACAGUGACAUCACCGUUCUGAGGCAUCUGGAGAAGAUGGGUUGCCGCCUGGUUAACCGGCCCCAGGCCAUCCUUAACUGUGUCAACAAAUUCUGGACCUUCCAGGAGCUGGCAGGUCAUGGAGUCCCCCUGCCUAAUACUUACUCCUAUGGUGGCCAUGACAACUUUCGUAAAAUGAUUGAUGAGGCAGAGCCUCUCGGCUACCCGGUUGUGGUGAAAAAUGCUCGUGGACACCGAGGUAAGGCUGUCUUUUUGGCCCGGGAUAAGCACCACCUGUCUGACUUGUGCCACCUCAUUCGGCACGAGGCUCCGUACAUUUUCCAGGAAUAUGUGAAGGAGAGCCAUGGGCGAGACGUGCGUGUGGUGCUCGUGGGUGGCAGAGUGAUCGGCUCUAUGCUGCGCUGCUCAACAGACGGACGGAUGCAGAGCAACUGCUCCCUAGGUGGUGUGGGUGUGAUGUGCCCUCUGAGCGAGCAGGGCAAGCAGCUGGCUGUGCAGGUGUCCAACAUCCUAGGCAUGGAUGUGUGUGGUAUCGACCUGCUGCAGCUAAAUGAUGGUUCGUUCGUGGUUUGUGAGGCCAACGCCAAUGUAGGUUUUAUUGCAUUUGACCAGGCGUGUGGGAUGGACGUGGCGGGUAUCGUGGCAGACUACGCCCUGUCGCUGCUGCCCAGUCGUCUGAGCCGCAAGAUGUCCCUGCUCUCCGUGGUGUCUAGCGCCAGUGAGACCAGCAGCGAGCCUGAAGUCUGUAUCCCCCCAGAGGCAUGCCCACCUGUCACGCCCUGUGCCAUCCCCGAUGCUGUCAGCACCAUGAGCACCAGCUCCACCUCCAGCGAGAGUGAGACAGAGAUUGUUGAGAUUACCCAUGCCCAGAGUGUGCCAGACCCUGCGUACAACAUCAACUCUCUCCUUGCAAAGGAGAUCAAACUAUUGACUGAGUGAGCUAAAUAGAAACCAGCAUCAACAUGUACAAACACACUCAUAUAUAUAUAUAUAAAUAUACACACACACACACACCAGACAUGCAUACACGUACAGUACAAGUAUACAUGCAAGUAAGCAUUCAGUGGUCAAAUACACACACACACACACACACACACACAAAAACACGCUCUUGUGUUUUUGGACUAACCCCGCCCCCCUUGUAAACCGUGAUUCUGAUCUCUGAUCUGAGGCUGCUCCCCUGAUAGAGACUGCAAAAGUGCAGUGUACACUCUGGCAAAGCCUUAGUGCAUGCAUUCAAGCAGUGAGUGAGUGUCGCUGUAUUUCAGGUUGCAUUGUACUGGAGGGUGGUUUUAGAUUGGAAAAGACACACACACACACACACACACACACACACACACACCUCAAAGUAUAGUCCAGAGAGCCCAACACUAUUGCAAGGCUUAUCAAGUAUGCAGCGCAGUGUGAUGCAUGGAUUUAACAUGAAGAAAGAUAUCCCAAAUCCAUUUUUUUUUGUCUAUGUGCGCACCAGUCAGGUGUGUUGACCCCCUUCCCAAACACACACACAAAUAUUCACACAUCAGCAGCAUCAUCACAUGUGGAGGACUGGAACAGCUGUAUAUAUUCUCUUCCCAUUAAUGUGGACUGGUACAAGGUUGUACAGGGCAAGAGUGCUUUCAAUAUGUUUUUAGCUUCUGCACUUGUCUGCAUUUAAUAACAUUUUUUUACACAAGCAUGUGUCAGUCUGGGUAAUUAAGAUUCUAGUCUCGAUUACCGACCUGGAACAAGUCUUGGGCCUUUUUUUUUUUUUUUUCUUCUUCCUCUUUUAACUGUUUGGCUUAGAAACUAAAUAGAUAUAGGAGCAGGUGCUGAAUCAGCACUUAGAUACACCAUUUUGGCAGUUUGUUUAAUUUUGAACUUCUUUUAUAGGCAUCAGGAUGACAGACGUACAGUAUUGUCUCCUCACCGUAUGCACAAGGCAAAGUAGGUUAUAGAAGAUAGUACCCAAAUUGAAAAUGUUUAACUUCCCUUUUCAGGAAAAAAACAUCUUGUUCCACGAUCCUCCCCAAGUCAUUUGGCACUUAACGAGCUUUGGAUAAUGAGGCGGCCAUUUUAGAGUACCUACUGCUCCCCGUGUUGUGCAGGUGUUUUGGAAGCACUCUUCCAAACUGAACGUCAGGGAGCAGCUGCAUUGAGUGAGGGAUAAAGAUAAGACAAGCUUUCGUUUUAAGUGUACUGUACCACAAAUUCUCAGUCAUCUUGUCAACACCUGUACAGACGUGCAUGUGCAGUAUGAACCACACUCAAUGUUUACUUCACCCCUUCUGACUUUUAGCAUCUGAGCAUUGAGCUACAUGGAACAAGUAUUAUGUAUGACGAAUGCUUAUUAGGCUUAUGCAUACUGCAUCCCAUGACGAUAUGACUUUUUUUUUUUUUUUUUUUUUUUGUUAACACUAAAAUCUUCAAAUCUGUUUGAAAUUCUUUGUAUGACAACAAUAAAAUGAACUAUCAACUCAAA